AUGGGGAUGCUAACAUUCAACCGUUUUCUCAGUCGACCAUAUCCCAAUCACAGGGACGGUCCGACGAUAUUCUUUUUCCAACAACAGUUUUUGAUGGAAACUAGCGCUCGAAGAAAGUCUGAUCCAGCCAUGCCAGAGUCACUUGCUUCCACCCCGGGCCUGGAGGAGAUCGAUGCGCCGUUCCCUGCCGAUGAUUUCGCUGAUAACGAUGACUUCUACUCGCCUCCUGCUUCUCCGGGCAGACUAUCGCGCAACGGAUCCUUCUCCAACAGCAGCUCAUACCAGGAGGACUGGGAGACUUUCCCACCGCUGGACAAGUUGACCAUCUUCGAUUUGUUGGACAAUAUUCAGCUCUCGCAGCGCCUGGAGAAGUGGCAGCAGACUAUCGCCAUGCAGAAAGACAAGGUGCGCAAGCAACGCGAGAAGCUCAAGUCGUCGUCGUUGAACGCCAAAGAUCGUGUUGUGGGGGAGUGGAAACGCCGAGCCCCGACCGCCGAUGAGAAGUUGGAGAAAUACCGUGCCAGGAUGAAACAGGGUGUCGAGCGGCUGGGUAAGCAGUGGAGUAAAACGGCCACUGUGACCCUCCGCGAGAAAGCAUCUUUCAUUGCCGGUGUUCUCAAUAUUUUCAUCAGCGGUUAUCUGAUCGGUGCUUGCCCGGAGUACUUCCACAUCUGGUUCAGUGCUCAGCUGCUGUACUUCAUGCCUAUUCGAUAUUUCACCUACCACGCCAAGGGUUAUCACUACUUCUUGGCUGAUCUCUGCUACUUUGUCAACUUGCUCUGCAUGUUGAGCAUUUGGGUCUUCCCCAACUCGAAACGACUGUUCAUCAGCACUUUCUGUCUGACUUUUGGAAAUAAUGCUGCUGCUAUUGCCAUGUGGCGUAAUUCGAUGGUCUUCCACAGUAUGGACAAGGUUGUCAGUUUGUUCAUUCACAUUAUGCCUCCAGUGACUCUACACUGUAUUGUGCAUUUGACUCCAGUUGAAAGGCUCAAGGAACGCUUCCCUGCAGUCUACAACAUCAAGUUCAGCCAGGCCGGGGACCCCGAGCAUUAUGGCCUUGGGGCCAUGAUUAUCUGGGCCACAGUUCCAUAUCUGGUGUGGCAGCUGCUGUACCACUUCUUGAUCACCGUCCGACGUCGUGACCAGAUCGCAGCAGGCCGCCCAACUAGCUUUACCUGGCUCCGCAAGUCGUACUCCAAGGCCUGGAUUGGCAAGUUCGUUUUGAGCCUCCCGGAGGCGCUGCAGGAACCUUGCUUCAUGUUCAUCCAGUAUGGAUUUGCUCUGUCGACCAUGAUUCCCUGCCCGAUCUGGUUCUGGUACAAAUGGGCCAGUGGAAUUUAUAUGGCCGCUUUGUUUGUCUGGAGCAUCCACAACGGAGCAACCUACUACAUCGAUGUAUUCGGCAAGCGCUUUCAGAAGGAAUUGGAGGAACUCAAGAAAGAUGUUGCGCGCUGGCAAUCUUCUCCCGAUGGAGUCACCAGCCCGCUUCUUGCCGCCGAACCUAGUCCUCUCAGUGAAGCUGUCAGUGCCUUCAGUGGGGACAAGCGCUCUAGUGUUGACCGUAUUCCGUUGCUUGACUCUGCCGAUGCCUCUUCGAGUGCCCUGCAAGCUAGUCUGAUCUCCGAUUCUGCUGUUCGGAGAAGUUAA